CUUUAAAUCGUUUUGGCAUAGAGGGAAGUAGAUGGCACGGUCAAGCAAGGAAAUCUCAGCUUCGGAUUUAACAGAUUCGCAAAGAUAUUGGGUUCAUUAUUCCAGACAGCAGUGCCUUAAUCUCCCUCCAGGAUCAAUUACUGCCUUUGAAUGGAAAGAUUAUUGUCCUCGAGCUUUCAGGCUUUUACAAGAGUUCGACAAUAUCAACAAUGAAUGUUACAUGAUGUCCAUUUGUAGUGACGAAAUUUUAGGUAAAGUUACAUCAAGUUUGAGACCUGGCAACUUGUUCCUUUUGUCCACGGACAACCGAUUCGUAGUCAAAACACUACGCAAAUCCGAAGUCAGGGUCCUCAUAGAAAUGCUUCCAGACUAUUAUAACCAUAUCAGAAAGUUUCGCAGCACGGUCUUGAACAAGCUUUAUGGAGUUCAUGUUGUAAAGCCGGACGGAGGUGCUAAGGUUUAUUUUUUGGUUGUUGCAAACAUAUUCAAAUCAGAUUUGUUGCUGCACCGGUGUUAUGACCUCAAAGGCUCCUUACAAGGUCGAAGAGUUGAAAAAGGGAGAUUCCGUGCGAAAAUUCUUCAUAAGGAAUCCAAUCUUGAUUUUCACUUUUACCUUGAACCGCUGGUUCGACAUAGGCUUUUGAAGCAAAUCAAGCAUGAUUGUGCUUUUCUCGAGGCUGCAGGCAUCAUGGAUUACAGUCUGCUACUUGGUUUCCAUAUAAAAGGGUCACCUAAAGAUCUCUUGGAAGCCGGACGUUCACUUUCUUCGGACUCCGAAUGUGGAGGUAAUUACUUGCAUCAAAAGGAUCUUGAUUCUUCAUCACUUUAUUCUUGUUCUGUUGACAAUAGUUCCAGUGAUGGAACGAGAAUUUCCUGCGACUCGUGGCUUCAUAGUGAUAUAUCCUCACCUAUAUCCCCCGCGCCUUCAAUUCGAGAUCCAAUUGACUUCAGGGAAGAAUUGAGUUUUGCUGAUCAGUGGCUACCAGGUGACAAUGUAGUGAGGAAUUUGAUCGUUUUACAUUGGCUUUCUUGCAGUCAAGCUAUUAGCUUCGGCGAAGAAAUGUCGGCGCGUGGUGUUCACAUACCAAAGAACGGAACCAGAACUCUAACAUCACAUGAAAAUCUCAAGUCUGGGGAGUGCUAUGAUUUACUUUUGUGCUUUGGAAUAGUGGAUUUCUCCCAAAACUACAGCAUGAUGAAGCGAAUCGAGCAUGCAUACAAGUCGUUGCAGUUCGAUCGGAGGAUGAUUACAGCUGUAAACCCCAAAGCAUAUUCUUCUCGGUUUCAGGAUUUCAUCAGCGACAUAUUUAAAGCAGACGAGUCACUCAAUCUCCCCACUGAGCUCACUAGUGGAUGCAGAGAAAAGAUCCUGCAAAUGCAAUGAAGGGGGUAGGUUUUGAGCAUGUGAAGGACUCCAGAAAUCAUGGAAAGAUGUAACAAUGUACAUAGAUCUUCUGUAAGACCCAGAGUCAUCCCUUAAUUACAUGAAAAUAGAAAGGGACCAAAAAAUCCAAAUUUGAACCCACAGUUUUGUUGCUUCUGCACGCUAAGCUUCUCAUAAAUAAAGCUUUUACGUGUGCAAUGUAUAGCUUUCUAAACAUCCCUGUAAUAUUUCUUGUAUAAAUUUAU